UACACAAAUUCGCGGCUUAUUAGUGGGCGCUUUCAGGUUUGUCGCGUCGCGUCGCUCGUUGUAGACGGAGGAGGUGUUGGAUGUGAAACUCUCACUCCUCUCCCCCCCGACUGUCACCGACAAACAACGUGGGACGGAGGAAUUUGUUAUUCCACACCACAGAGACUUUUGCACUGCUUUUUAUACACCGCCGCGUCACAAGUAAAUCUCGCGUUUCGCGGAGCUGGAAAAUAUGUGUAAACUACUGACAGCGGUAAAAUAAACUUUGCACUAUCACCCGCGGUUGAGUACUCACAAAUGUCAUGCACUGUUCAAGAGCCUUUGCCUUCCGUGACAUUCAGCGGACUUUAUAACAACCAACAUGAAGCAGACAGGUACAUUUAGAACGCGUUGCCUGUCCUAAAGGACUUUUAAACUUGUUGAAAUCGUUGUAAACAUGGAAGAGACAGGCGCUGGGAACGGUACUGGGACGCAGGGCUGUGAACUGGAGCGUUCUGGAGACGGAGGACUGGAUGAGGUGCAGAUGCAUCUCGCCUGCCUACCGGAGCGAUACAUGAGAGCGAAGUUCUCCCUCUCAGCGUACAUAUUUUGUUGGACAGUAGUAAAGUUGUGUCAGAGAUUAAGACCGUCGCCAGUCCUUCCCCAGGCCCCAGCUUUAGAGGACUCUGGGAAUGAGACAGCCUGUCUGGAUGAUGGGGAGUCUCUGCAGGAGGGGCAUGGAGAGCAACAGGACUAUCAGGAAUGGUGUGAGCCAGUUUCUGAAGCAGCACACGACACAAAAGAGGAAUAUUUUGACACACACUCAUGUCACAGUGACACUUUCUCUGGCUUGAGUCAUGAAACUAAGGACUGCUGCAGGACACCGCUCAGCUCUGUGGGUCAUCUGGACUCACACUCACCUUCGGUUAGAAGGAGAGAUCCCUCUUCAUCAAAACUGCAUCAUUCUGUCAAUCAUGCUGACAGUCUCAGUAGAACAGAGGAUAGAGAACAAUUGCAAAAGCAGACUGAAAAUAUGGGGAUGAUGUGCAUGGGAGUUGAUGGCACUGGAAUGUCUCAAGCUAAGGGUGCUCCGGAAUGUGAGGAGGUUUUCAGCAAUUUUCCAGCGGGACCUGAUGUUGAUUCUUCUUCAAGGAAUGACCAAUCCUACAUCGUAACACCCCUACUGGCAUUAGAGAACGCUGUAGAACCACAAACACUCACUGAUCCAUGUGCUAAUGACUCAUUAUUGACCUUAACAGACUGUGAUGGAGCCAAGUCUCAGUUUGCUGACACCUUUGAGGGAAGAUCAAAAUGGGAUCAAAUUAACAAAAAUAUCACAGACACUCAGUCAGCACACAAUGAGCCACGAAUACAGUUCAUAACCUCAAGUGAGAAGCAGUUACAGCAAAAUGAUAUUGACAGUAGUAACACUGAAAUACAGUUGAUUUCGAAUGCAUCUGUUGCGAAUAGUAAAGAUAACGAAUGUCGUGAGCUGGGUGUUGAUGAAAAUAAGAUCAGUUUAUCUGUAUCACGUCAACUUUCUGUAUAUGAGUCUGUAUCAGUUGAGAAGCCUAUUGAACAGGAAUUUGAGGAGUCAACAAAACACAGCCAAUCACAUCCCUCAGUAGAGCACAGCAAAUCACAGCCCUCAGUAGAGCACAGCCAAUCACAGCCUUCAGUAGAGCACAGCCAAUCACAGGCAUCAACAGAACUAAUCCAAUCACAGGAUUCUGUAGAAUGCAGCCAAUCACGGAAUUCAGCAGAACAGAGCCAAUUACAGGCCUCAACAAAAGACAGGCCAUCACAAGAUUUUGUUGAACACAGCCAAUCACAGAAUUCAGUAGAACUCAGGCAAUCACGAGACUCAAUAGAACACAGUCAGUCACAGGAUUCAGUAGAAUGUAGGCAAUCACAGAAUUCAGUUGAAGACAGCCAACCACAAGACUCAGUAGAACAUAGUCAGCCAAAGGAUUCUGUAGAAUGCAGUCAAUCACAUGAUUCUAUAGAAUGCAGCCAAUCACUGUAUUCAGUAGAACACAGGCAAUCACAAGACUCAAUAGAACACAGGCAGUCACAGAGCUCAGAAGACAUGCCAUCCCAAAAUUUAAUCAAACACAGCCAAUCACAGACCCCAGUAGAACACACCAAAUCACAGGAUUCUGUAAAAUGCAGUGAAUCACAGAAUUCAGUAGAACACAACCAAUCACAGACCCCAGUAGAACACACCAAAUCACAGGAUUCUGUAAAAUGCAGUGAAUCACAGAAUUCAGUAGAACACAACCAAUCACAGACCCCAGUAGAACACACCAAAUCACAGGAUUCUGUAAAAUGCAGUCAAUCACAGAAUUCAGUAGAACACAACCAAUCACAGGACUCAGUAGAACACAGCCAGUCACAGAGCUCAGUAGAAUACAUGCUAUUGCAAAAUGUAAUCAACCACAACAAAUCACAAGACCCAGUAGAAUAUACUCUGUCACUGACCUCACUACAACACACCCAAUCACAGGAUUCUGUAGAACUUAGCCCAUCAAAUGAUUAUGUAGAAUGCAGCCAAUCACAGGAUUCAGUAGAAAACAGUCAGUCACAUACUACAUCAGAACACAUUCAGUUACAGAAGUCUGUAGAAUGUAGCCAAUCACAGAAUUCCAUACAACACAGGAAAUCACAUGAUUUAGCAGCACAAAACCAAUCACAGAACACCAUAGAGCACAGCCAAUCACAAACUCCAGUGGAACACAGCCAAUCACAAACUUCAGUGCAACACAGCCAAUCACAAGUUGAUUCCAUUAAGGCAAAUUCUAUGAAUACACAGUGGACUGUGGCCGAGUCAGACUCUGGUUUUAUUUCAAACACAGCUUCUCUUUAUGAAAAGGGACAAUUAAAACAGGACUGUGUGGACGUAUGCAUGAAUUGUGAAGUCAGUCAGUCCUUGAAAACAUCUGGAAGGCUUUCAUCAAAGGAUACUGACAAAGAACUCGAUUUGAACUUCGAAAAGAAUAACAGUCUACAUUUAAAAAAGCAGAACUUAAAUGACACCCUACCUGUUGUAUCUGAAUGCGAGUCUUUUGCAGCUGAGAGAGCUUUCUCAAAUGUGCCUAAUGCAACUUCUGCUGGAGUGUCAGAUUCACUGAAUCAACAUGUGAUCAAUGACUGGACCUCAGAACAGUCAGAUCUGCAGGCCAGACCUCAUUACAGUCAACACAAUUUCCCAGUUUUACAAAUGCACACUGAAAAAAGGGAUUACUCAGUUAGUAGUUAUCACAUGGACAGUCAUUGCUUAGAGGACAUUGUUGCAGGGGAACAUGAGCCUGAGGCAGAUUUUUAUGAAACCCGUCAGUGCCCUAAUAGCAGAAAUAACUGUAACACACAGGGUGAAUUCACUGAAGCACAAGUGUAUGUUAACACUAAAACGUUUGAUACCAAUGAUGGUGACGUUUUAGAAGGAACACAGAAGAAUAGCAAAACACAUCACAUUAUUAAAGGGUACCAGAAAGAAUGUACAAUAGUUCCCUCGAUAGAACAGUCAGUAAUUUACUCUGAUAGUUCGGGAUGCAUAGAAUACACUAGGCCUAAGUCAUUGAGUGUCACGUGUCCUGACAUGAAGACAGCUGAAGCCGAUGGGUGUCCUGUAGACAGUCCUGUCGAAUCUCUGGCUAGUCUGUUUGAGAUUUCGUAUGACAAAUCUCAAGUCAGCCCCACAGAUGUUUGCUUUGAGCUCAGUGAUGGCCUUCAUAUGAACUGUAAACAAGUAGCACAUUGCAUUAUAGAAUAUACAGAGACCUCCAAACAAUUUCACAGACCCAACACCCUGUCUGACAAACAAGCAAGACAAAACGAGUCAGAUGAAACAAUUGAGCCGGAUGUUGAUAUUUUGUCUAGUGCAUGUACUGAUCCUUUCACAAAUGCACAAUCCCCUUUUGAUUAUUCCCAGCUGAACAGUAGAAACAAUGAAUACAGCUCAGACACAAAUAAUAAUAUUAAAGCCAUUACUUUUGAAGAGUGUGCCUCAGGUGAACAGAUCUCUUUGCCCAAUUCUUUGCAAAAAUACAGCAGGUUUAGUAUCAAUGCUGGAUCUUUACUCUCAAAAGGUGGUGAUUGCAAAGACAAUGCCCCUCCUAGUCAGGCUACUCCCUUUAAAGCACCUGAAAUGAGGACUGCAAUUGACAGCAAAGAUAAUGUUGCUAAACCUUCUGAAUUCAACGAAUUCAGCAUCCAUAGAGAUGCUAUACUAAAGCAGCUCUGUGAUUGCUGUGGUGGAAAGGAGUGCCAGCUGCACUCGCCUGCAGUGGAAGGAGAGCAGACAGCAGGAGGAUUUCAGUUCAAGGGCACAGACGGCAUCAGUCAGAGCAGAACUGCAGUGUUGCAAACCUUGAGUACCUCACACACACAUGACCAAUGCAACACACAUGGAGAGGUUAAUGCAGACUCUACAAACUGUGAAUUUUCACAUAUUGGCCAUUUGCUUGCACACAAACAUCCGGAGCCCGUCCAAGAGAAAAGCAUAUUACCACUGAGUGGCUCACUCAAGGUCGAUGAUACUUAUGCAUUGGAAAACAUGGAGAGAAAGCUUGAAACUUUCAUGGCUAGCUCUCCUGAAAGCACUGAUUCAAUAUGUGAAACUUCUGAUCCUCUAUGUAAGCAAUCUUUGCAACUGCGCAACUUGGAGACAGAGGGCGUAUUUGUUACAUGUUGCCGUAUUUUACCCAUCACUAAUUUAGAGGCCAUUUUGGAGUCAGACCUUUCACCGGAGAGCUCAUUUGUGAUAGAAAAUGGACUGAGGGAGCAACAGGGAGGAAGUCCAUUAUCAGAAGGUGGAUUCAGUGAGGAAUGGAGCUCUUGUGAUGACGUCACAAACCGCACACAUGAGAACAUUUCUGCCAUGUGUACAAAAGCCAACGUAGCCACUGUCAUGAAUGAACAAGAUGCUGGAGAAACAAUGAGCUCUUUAUCAAAUGGUUUUGAUAGCAGUGAUGGUUAUAGUGUUUCCAGUUUUGUGUCACAAGACCUUGACUCCAGUACCAACAGUGAAGAGACAGAGGACAGCACUCAGUCAUCAUCUAGUCUUCGUGGUUCUUCAAGAAAUAAGAGAACCCAAUCAGGGAAGGGCUCUGUGUUUUCUGUUUUUUCUCGAAUGCCCUCAUUCCGCAAGAUUAAACGAGAACACAAAGGCAAUAGCAAGGUUGAUCCAGAAAUUAAGGACUCCAAUGAGGAUGGAGAUGAACGGUGUGAGUUGAAGUACAAUAGGUCACCCACACAUAACAAAUCCAACCCUUCACUGUACAAGACCUCUAUUUCUCAAAGUACAGAUCAUCUAACAGCCAUUACAAAGUUUGUUGACCACUCCAAUGGUGAUAGUUUUGAAAAAGCUUUUGCUUUAAACAUGCAGAAUAGAGAGAAGUAUACACAAUCCCAAAAUUUGUAUCAGCAGCACAAAGAUGGAGAUGCACUGAAUUUUAGAGUUUCCCCAACAACAGAGGGAUUGCAACAAAAAAGAAGCAAGAGUACCGAUAACUUAAACUUGCGCAUGAAGCUCGUAAUGGCUCACAAGUCUCUGUCUAGCCUGUUUGAGUCCAGAUAUCCUGAGAGGGACAACCAGGAGCAGAUUGCACAGUCAGAGAACGAGGAGGUAAAAACCAAGCAGUCCUGGAGGAAGUCGAAACGGUCUAAGGAAGCAGAACUUUGCAAAAGAACUCUAUCGAUUCCUGGGAUGGUCUGUGACAAGUCCAUACAUCAGAGCCAUAUCGAUUGUGCCUUCUGUGCUCCUCAGAACAGGUCCAGACUUAAUAGCUCACCAGCUUCCCAAAAGAGUUUGAGGAGCACGUGCCAUUCUGAUUCACAGAGUUUGAAAUCUGGUCUUCAGGAACAGUCUGAAGACAGAAAAUAUCUGGAAGGAGGUGAGCUGCCUUGUGCUCCUUACUUAGAUUCUGACCAGAUCUCAGAAGAUGGCUUCGAGUCCAGUGUAGAGGAUAGGUCGCAAUCACCUGUACACCAAACUGUUUUUGCACUUGCAAACCAGAUGUCACCUACCUGGACCAGAUCUUUAAGCUGUUUUGAGACCACUGAUACGCCAACGAGGCCCAUGAGCCCUAAACCUCAUAGUCCUGGUCUGGGCUGGACACACCGGAGGAGCUUCCGUUACCCCUCGAGAUCUGUUGCAUCUUCUCUCUGCUCACUCGGUCAAGGAGUGAGCACUGACGGUCUCUCCGAUCCACCUCAGAGACCGACGUCUCUGAAACCAAGGACAGCACAACUCACAACAACCCACUCUUUUGAUUGUGAGUCCUUACUAGAGGACAGCAGUUCAGACAGCCAGUCUCAAAAUAGCCUGAAUUCAGCAUCCCUGAUCAACAAACCAGAGCAUGUACAGCACAGUACUGAGCCAGCCAUCCAGUCAGAAGAGAGAAGACAACAGGGAAGUGCAUGUGUGCUUCGGGUGAAGUCCAGACAGCAGGGUAAAGCUGCACCCAGACCCAUCUCAGACCUCUACGGUUGGACCGUGUCUCUUCAGGGCAUCAGGGAGGUGGCACUUGAUCUGGAGAGGAAGAGCAAUUCGACCGAAACCCGUCGGCGUUCAUGCUCAUAUGAAACGUUGACUGAUGUGGAGAACACCCAUAAAAAGAAGCUUAACACGCGGCAAAGUUUGUGUCAGCUUAGCUCACCAACAUCUCAGAAGCACGAGAAAGUGCGCGCUAGACUUUCCCUCACUUCUCCAGAGCAGUUCCCCUCUGUUCCUCUCAAAGACCACUUCUUCUCCCAGAGCACACCUGUUGGACUGGACUUUUUGGGCUGGCCUCACCGUGCAUCAUUUUCAGAAUCGAAUCUCAGCACACCAGCACAAGAGGCGCAUGGACAGGUCCCCCCUCUGGCCUUGGUGAUAACUGAUGGACCGCAGGAUAAGUCUGGCCUUGCGGAUGAGGUGGGGAGUGAAGAUGACCUGUACAAUGAGUUUCGCAGCUCCUCCAACCGAUUCGGACACCCAGGAGGAGGAGGAGAACAGCUGGCCAUAAACGAGCUGAUCAGUGAUGGCAGCGUGUGCGCGGAGGCUCUAUGGGACCACGUCACCAUGGACGACCAGGAGCUGGGCUUCAAAGCUGGAGACGUCAUCGAAGUAGUGGACGCCACAAACAAGGAGUGGUGGUGGGGCCGGGUGCUGGAUAGCGAGGGCUGGUUCCCCGCCAGCUUUGUUCGGUUACGGGUGAACCAAGAUGAGCCCAUGGAGGAAUACUUAGCCCAUCUGGACGGGGCCUCGGAGGGGGGUGGGGCCAGCAUGGGGGGCCCCUUAGGGCCCGGUCUGCCCUGCAAGGAGCAGAUGAGAGCCAACGUCAUCAAUGAGAUCAUGAGCACAGAGAGGGAUUACAUCAAACACCUGAAGGACAUCUGUGAGGGCUAUAUAAAACAGUGUCGGAAGAGGACAGAUAUGUUUACUGAGGAGCAACUGCGCACUAUCUUUGGGAACAUCGAUGAGCUCUACCGUUUCCAGAAGAAGUUUCUCAAAGCCUUGGAGAAGAAAUUCAACAAAGACCAUCCUCACCUCAGCGAGAUUGGCUCCUGCUUCUUAGAGCAUCAAACAAACUUUCAGAUCUACUCUGAAUAUUGCAACAACCACCCCAAUGCCUGCGUGCAGCUCUCCAAACUGAUGAAGAUCAAGAAGUAUGUGUUCUUCUUUGAGGCCUGUCGCCUGCUCCAGAAGAUGAUCGACAUUUCCUUGGAUGGAUUCCUGCUUACUCCUGUUCAGAAGAUCUGCAAGUAUCCUCUGCAGCUGGCUGAACUGCUGAAGUACACCAACCCACAGCACAGAGAUUAUAAGGAUGUGGAAGCUGCCUUAAAUGCAAUGAAGAAUGUGGCCCGACUGAUCAAUGAGAGAAAGAGGCGUCUGGAGAAUAUUGACAAAAUUGCUCAGUGGCAAAGCUCCAUAGAAGACUGGGAGGGUGAAGACAUCUUGAGCAGAAGCUCUGAUCUGAUUUUCUCAGGAGACCUGACCAAGAUCUCCCAACCACAGGGCAAAGGCCAGCAGCGAAUGUUCUUUCUCUUUGACCACCAACUGGUUUUCUGUAAGAAGGAUCUGCUUCGGAGGGACAUCCUGUACUACAAGGGUCGGUUAGACAUGGAUCAGAUGCAAGUGGUGGAUGUGGAGGAUGGGAAGGAUAAGGACUUUAACGUGAGUGUGAAGAAUGCCUUGAAAUUAUGUUCUCCUGGGGGAGAGGAGGUCCACCUUCUGUGUGCCAAGAAACCCGAGCAGAAGCAGCGCUGGCUGCGAGCCUUUGCGGAUGAACGGGAACAGGUCCAGCACGACCUCGAAUCAGGUUUUACGAUCACAGAGGUCCAGAAGAAGCAGGCCAUGUUGAAUGCAUCUAAAAGUCAUCCAACAGGAAAGCCCAAAGCAUUAGCUUUACAGCAUCUUUUGGCACUCAGAACUCCUUCACUUCUUCACCCAAAAACUUCCAAGUGCCUACGUUUUUCUGAACCUUCAGGACCUCUGGCUCCCAGGGCCACCUUAACUUCACCUCUCCUCCCUGAAGGCCCUCAGCGUAGGCAGGGGCGGGGGGUUAGGGUGCCCCCUGGGGUCCUGCGCAGGGCAAUAUCUUGGGUGUCCUCUCAAAGUAGAGAGCCGAUCGAGUAGUCCAGGGUAAUUCCACAGUGUGUUGGUGUGACUUAUCUGCUUAUAUAACUGAGGCUGGGUCAAAAUAUUGAUUUUCUGAUUAAUCAUGAUCAAUAUUUGAAUCAAUAUUUACCAGAGUUUGCAGUCUAAAUUGAAUAUGAUAAAAUAAAAAGAUGAAAUUGCAGCUUUUUUUGAGUUUUCCAAACAGGGUGCAUACAAUAGCAUGCGGCAUGACUGGUGUAGUCUGAUUCACGAACAUAUUCAUGAACAAAAGACUCUUUUAUACCAGAUAUUUUAAGUGAAUUAACAACAUUCAAAGUAACUAAUGUAGUCCAAUUAGCUAACUAAUGAACCUUUUAGAACCAUACAGAGUAAUCAGUGUAGUGUGAUUCACAAACAAAUGGCUCUUUAAAACUAGUUAUUUGUAGUGAAUAACAACAUGCAAUGUAGUUUUAUUCACAAACAAAUGACUCUUUUUAAUUGGAUCUUUUCAGUGAAUCAGAGAAUUACAGCGCAACCAGUGUAGCCCAAUCACAAACAAAUGAAUCUUUUAAAAUGGUUAUUUUUAGUGAAUCAAAAACAUGCAGAACAAUCAAUGUAGUCUUAUUCACAGACAAAUGACUCUUAAACUGGAUCUUUUUAGUGAAUUAAAAAUGCACCUCGCAAACAGUGUGCGCCAAUUCACAAACAAAUGACUCUCUUAAACCAGUUAUUUUUACUGAAUCAGAAACGCACCACAGAACCAGUGUAGCCCAAUUCACAAACAACUGAAUCUUUCAAAUUGGUUAUUUUUAG